CCGACGCGUGCGGGCCCCAGCUGCCUCACCGGUACUCACGCACUUGGCUCAAGCUGGCCGCCUUGGAUCCGUGUCGCUUCAACGUCGCUAGAAAAAUUGCUCAGGCGGGAAUGCGUAAAGUAGUACGUGAUACGGCGCGGCUAUCAGAGCCCUGAGGGCACCGUAGUUCGCGCAACGCGGGUAAAGAGGCCGGGUCCGAGCAGCCGGAGCUGGCGUUGUGCCCCAGCUUCGGGAAGGUGAUCGCGCGCAGGCAGGCUAUGGGCUAAUCCCGUUUUCCUCUGGCCGACCACCGUACGCUGCGCCGGGGCGUUUACUCUGCUCGCGGCCAGCGCUGUAACUACCUCCUCCUCGUCCUGUAUUAUGUCCCAGCCCUGGCAGCCCCAGCAGCAGCAAAACCGCUGGUGGUCCCGCACAUCCUCCAGGGACGCCGCACAACCAGACUCCCUUCGCCAGACGCACGCUCAUUCCUACACGACACACUCCACCGACGAGAAAGCCGCCAACAAGCUCCGUGCCCCCUCCUACCGACGUGUCCCCUCCGCAUCCAAGCUCGCCAACGCAUUUGGCCUCGGCAAGUCCAAGAAACAGCAGCCCGAGCUUGCCAUACAAGACCCCCCAGACUCAUCCAGGCCCCCCGCAUCCCCUUUCAUCCAAACCGCUCUUCGCCACCAACAGGAAGAGAGGCCGGUCAGGCUCGGUCGCCCACCAGCUCGGUCGGUCUCCACCGUGGCCACCGAGGCGGAGCCCAGGACACCCUCCGACGCUGGCAGAAACCGCGGUUCCGUCCUCACGCUCUCCGACCCGGAUCCCUUCGCUGCCCAUGUCGUCUCGCCCACCGCUCCUCAGGACCGGUCGCGCCUCUCCGCCUAUUCAGACAAAUCCCAGUGGGAUCAGAAAGCUAGGAAGCCGAUCCCGGAUCGUUUGUCCUACGCAUCUGGUUCUUCUUCGUUAUCGUACCACACUGGCGAGAGUUCGGGCUCUGGAAAAACGCGGUCCCGUAAUAUUGAGGCACGCCAACCAUGCGCAGAGCCCUCCAAACUAGCCUCUGCCUCCCGCGUCAUGGACAUAUCUCAGUCAACCUCCAGGCAGGCCGCUUCAUCCACACUGACAGACGCCAAUAGGCGCAGCAAUCCUCCUCCAGCUACCGCAACCCGACCUCCAUUACGUCCGCGUGGAAAGACAGAGUCGGGAUCUUCGACUUCGCGGGAGGGAACCUUUCUUCCCAAGGAUCAAACCCGACCAGCGCCUUCUCCCGCUUCGUCACACCCAUCGAGUCGGAGCGACUCGCCCGACGCCCCGGUGGUUAUCGUUCGCCAGCCGUCUAGCACAAGAUUACGUGUGCAUGCACCUCCGUCGGCGCCCCCAAAGAUUGGCCUUCCGCCUCCGCCCCUGCAGGAGGCGCGGACGGAGCCCUCUGCCGAGGAUGAACCUUCCGACUGGUCAUCCACUCGGCUUUCCUUUGCUUCAUCUAUAUCGUCGCAUCGCGAUAUAAUACAGGCUUUGGAGAGUGCUGGAGCUGGAUUCGAGCUGAGCCGGUCUCCGCCGCUUCUGCCUGUCGACAAGCCGCCGUACCCGUACCCGUCUGCCGAGCCGCAAGUCGGAAAUACUGCCCCGCAGACCGCCAUGCCGAGCAGGAUGUGGAGUACACCGGCCUUGACACUACCGCUCAGGAUAGACUCGAGUCGCCGGACCUUGAAGAAAGCCGUCUCCCAACAGUCGCUCGGCAGUCAGGCCGCAGCCGCCCACGCAUACGCGAGCUCGUGUUCCACGCCUCCAGCUACAGUUGUCGGUGACGACGGUCAUGCGCAUCCCGUCGGCAGAGCGCCGCGCAAGCAACGUUCUUUCCACACCCCGCGUUUGCCCUUGCCUUCUGUACCCUUGCCCACCCAACUGCGUCACGCCAGCUCCUUCGGACUUUCGUCUACCAACGAUGCAUCGCCGCGUAAGGACGCAAAAGAACCGGGCGAGAAAGAUAGCAGGAGAGCCAGUACAAGUUCCACGCAUCAACCAAGGAAGCGACUGUUCUCGGGCCCUACUCUGCGGCGUUCAUCGACACAAGCGUCGCAGACGACACAACAGGACGACGUGCGCUCCCUCUUCAGUCUUCAGACCGAUGAACAGCACAGUUCCCGGGGGCUGCCCGGUUCCCCGUCCGCUCCUGCCUCGCCUGUGCUUCCGCCCGGCGACGGGCCCGCUCAAUCACCCUGGUGGGAUGACUCGUCUACAUCAGCGGAGAAGGCGCUCGCCGAUUCCUCGGACUGGGAACAACCUCAGCAGAUCCUGAGUCCGGCGGAGAUCACGCAGCUCGAGGCGGAAUUCGAUGAGCAGGAUGGCGAGCACUCAUACACGCGCUCGCGGGGUGCAUCAUUCACAUCGGUCAGCACGGCGAAUAUGUCGCUCAGCAACCACGGUCAUGCCGAUCGCCCCACCUCGUCGGGCGGGUCCAGUUACAUCGCGAACAUGCGUUCACGGGAUCGCCCUUAUAGCGGGAGACUCGGUGCUGAUUCUUUCCAACCACUCACGAUAACGCCAACGUUGCCUUCGAGGAGUCACUCGAUGAUGUACAAAUCCACGCCCAACCCUUCGCUAGCCACCCGGCCCUCGACUGCCCAAUCCCCUCCUGCCUCGCCGCUGCAGUCCUCGACCCAACCACCUCCAAGACCUUUGACGGGUUUAUCUCCACCACCACGACGUCGCCCCACCGUGUCGAAAGUGACGGUCGAGGAGCAGACAGUCGGCCAACUCCUGCUCCCCGGUGAACUGCCCACGAACACCGCGAAUAAGCGUGCGAGCAUCGUGCCCGUCAACCCCCUAUCGCCUCCGCCCAUCAGACGAAGUAAUCCGUCAAUGCGCAAGCCGACCAUCGCACAGACGCUGCUGUCGAAAGCGCAGAAGCCGUCCUUUCUCGAGAUCGGUGACGGGAACAUCGCCGAACGCGGGAGGUCUGGGCCUGCACGCUCGGACCGGCGACCAGUUGCCGACAACUUCCUGGACCUUGACCGGUCCUCUUUCGACACCGUCCGUAGCGAUACUCUGGAAUGAGGAUUAUCGACAUUGGAUGCCUUCCGCCCCUUUUUAUUUGCUAAUAUGCUGUCUAUUAGUUUGAAUCCUUUGCGCCACUCAUUCUCUACGAUGUGCGCUAUAAUUCGGUCCAUAAUGCUUUGAGGGUAUCCACACAUUUCUUCGUUCUUUGCUUCGUGAAUACAAUCACUGGACAUACCAUCGUUCCUUUCGAUACCUCGAGGAAUAUUUUGAUCUGUAGCUGUGACCAUGCAUAUAAUCCCC